GUGAGAGAUGUGUGUAUGUGUAUGGUAGUGUGUGACAUGUCAAACAGCCGGGGAUGCAUGUGAGAUGGGGUGGGAUAGUGUGUGUGUGAUACAAUGUGUGAUGCUAUGUGAGACAGUCCAAGUAUGAGAUACAGCCACGAGAGAGGGGAUGUGUGUUAGAUGGGCUGUGACAGUGGGAGAGCUACAGUGUGUGACAGGGUGCGUGAGACAGUUCGUGUAUGAGACACAGACAUGGGGAUGCAUGUGAGAAGGGGUGAAACAGUGUGUGUGUGUGGGAGAUACAAUGUGUGGUGUGUGAGAGUCCAUGUACAGGAAACAGACAAUGGGAUGCGUGUGAGAUGGGGUGGGACAGUGUGUGUAUGUGAGAUACAAUGUGUGAUGCUGUGUAAGACAGUCCAAGUCCAAGCGAUAGACAUGGGGAUGCUUGUGAAAUGGGAUGUAACCGUGUGUUUGUGUGUGUGUGAUACAGUUUGAUGCUGUGUGAGACAGUCCAAGUAUGAAAGACAGACAUGGGAAUGCAUGUGAAAUGGGGUGUUAGUGUGUGUGACAGGGUGUGUGAGACAAUUUGUGUAUGAGACAGACAUGGGAAUGCGUGUGAGAUGGGGUGAAACUGUGUGUGUGUGUGUGUGUGUGUGUGUGUGUGUGUGAAAGAGUCCAUGUACUGGAGACAGGCACGGGGAUGCAUAUGAGAUGGGGUGGGACAAUGUGUGUGUGUGAUACAAUGUGUGAUGCUGUGUGAGACAGUCCAAGUACAAAAGACAGACACGGGGAGGCAUGUGAAAUGGGGUGGGACAGUGUGUGUGUGACGGAGUGUGAGAGACAGUUUGUGUAUAAGACACAGACACAGGGAUGUGUGUGAGAUGGGGUGUUAGUGUGUGUGUGUGUGAUACAAUGUGUGAUGCGGGGGUGCAUGAGAGGCACCGUGUGUGUCUGUCACCCCCUGCUGGAGAGAACGAACCCAGCUCUCUUUGUGAGACAAGUGUGUCUAGGUGUGUGUGUGUACACCAUAGAGGGCAACAGAGGGCCGUGUACAUCACCCCCUACUGGCUGAGGCCAGGACUGGAGCAGCUGGGUGCUCCCCCUGCAGCUGGCGCUCCUGCCCUGCUCCCUACAGCCGUCUGCUGGGAGAGGCCGGGCACGGACGCUGGCUGGCAGCCCCUGUGCAGUGCCAAGCCUGCGGUGGCGGCACCAGAGUUUGGCGGGGCAGAGCUAAUUGAAAGCUCCCGUUAAUUGGGCUCCUGCUGACAGGUUGGAUGGGGGAGGGCUGGCACAGAGCCAGCUGUGCACCAGGCAACUUCCCCCCCCCUCCGCACCCAACUGGGACUGGGAGGGGCCGGGAGACUCAGCCCCCCCUGUGGCUCCCUGGAGCCCAGCUACUGUAGGGUCUGGCUCUGCAUGGCACCCAGUGAGCUCCCCCCUGACCCCUGCAGCGCCCCACCCUGCUGAGAACCAUGGGGCACUGCCUGUCUGCUACUCGUCUAAGGAGUCAAUCCUGAGUGGGGUGGGGGUGGGUCAGACACCCCUUAGAGGGCGGGGCAGCGUGAUGCGACGGGCUACGGUGCUGGCCCUGCUGACCGUGGUGCUUGCCUACCUGGUGAGUGGCGCCUUCGUCUUCCGCCUGCUGGAGCAGCCGCAUGAGAGCCGCCAGCAGGAGGCACUGCAAGCUGCCCGUGAGCAGUUCCUGCAGAGAUACCGCUGCGUGCCCAGCCAGGAACUGGACGCACUCAUCCUGCAUGUCAGAGAUGCCAUGGAUGCUGGCGCUGACCCCACAGCCAACAGUACCAAUAGCACCAGCACCAACUGGGACAUGGGCAGCGCCUUCUUCUUCGCUGGCACCAUCAUCACCACCAUCGGGUUCGGUAACACAUCCCCCAAGACAGAGGGGGGGCGUCUCUUCUGCAUCUUCUACGCUCUGGUUGGGAUCCCGCUCUUUGGGAUGCUGUUGGCUGGGGUGGGCGACCACCUGGGCUUCUCACUGCGCCAGGCCAUCAGCAAGGUGGAGGAUGUCUUUCUGAAAUGGCAGGUGAGUCCCACCAUUGUGCGGGUUCUCUCUGCCCUGCUCUUCAUCCUCAUUGGCUGCAUCCUCUUCGUCGCCAUCCCCACCAUUGUGUUCCAGCGAGUGGAGGGCUGGACCCUGCUGGAGUCUGUCUACUUUGUAGUCAUCACACUGACUACAAUCGGCUUUGGGGACUAUGUGGCAGGUGAUGGUAUGGGGGAUGACCACCCCUGGUACAAGCCUCUGGUCUGGUUCUGGAUCCUGCUGGGCCUGGCCUACUUCGCCUCCAUCCUCACCAUGAUUGGCAACUGGCUGCGAGUGCUGUCCCGUCGCACACGGGCUGAGAUGGGGGGCCUCACCGCUCAGGCUGCCAGCUGGACAGGGAAUGUGACGGCCCAGCUGCGGGUGACAGGCAUGGGGCUGCCCGAGAAGCUUCAGAAGGUGGGAACGCUGAAGGGACACCCACCCUCCCCUAUACCCCCGGAGCUUCCACCCACCAUGCCUUCUCCACCACCUCCCUCGCCUCGCCCAGAGCCCUCCUCUCCCAGCACCGCCCUACAGGUGGCACAGCUCAACGCCCGCAACAUGGCUGCCUCAGCGGGGGGCGGCCUGUGCCCUAUAGACUACAUGGGGGAGAACCUGGCCUUCAUCGAUGAGAGCUCCGACACCCAGAGUGAAGCACCCAGCGAAGGGGGGCUGCAGGCCAAGCGCCCCCACCAACUCCGCCGCCUGCGUACCCACCACACCCACGGCCAGCCCCCUGGCCUGCCCAUGGAGCUGCUGAGCCGCACUCGCCACAAGGGUGAGGCGGUCUAGAGGGGUGUGGAGCAACCCCAGCACGGAGACUGCCCCCCUGCAGCAUGGUGCUACCUGUCCCCCCCAACAGCACGGAGACUGCCCCCCUGCAGCAUGGUGCUACCUGUGUCCCCCCCAACAGCAUGGAGACUGCCCCCCUGGCUGUCAGCUGGGCCGACCUGUCCCCCGUGGUACCAACUGGGUCCCCCUACACUGCCAAUGGGGCCCCCCAACACAGACCUCCCUUCCCUCAUGGUACCAACUGGGCCACCCAGCAUGGAGACUUCCCAUCGCCUUUGAUGCCAACUGCCCCCCUGCUGCCAAUCAAGCACUGAGACUGCCGCCCUCCCCCAGUACCAGCUGAGCACCCCUGUCACAGAGACAUUCCGUUCUCCAUGGUCCCCUCAAGGUGCCAACUGUCCCUCCCCAGCACCAGACCCUACCCAUACCCAGCAAAGGGAUUUGCCCCCAUCCCCUUCCUGGAACCAGGAGACCCCAGUACAGGGAAUCCCACUACACAGACACCUGCCACCCCAGCUCACAGACUAACUCCCUCCCCUGGAGUGUCUGCGGGGAAGCUUGUGGGGGAUACCCCCAUCUCCCCUUAAAUCUGUGCCUCAUUUGCCUUGCAGGAUGGAUCCUUAACCCCCCCCAAAGGGGGGGAAGGAUCAACCUGCCAAACGAUAUUCUGAACCCCCAAACUCCUGGGGGGUGACCCCUCCCCAAAUCAACUAGGGGGAGUUUAUUGACCCAAACAAGGGGCUAUGCUGUUCCAUGCUGCCUCCCCCCGUGCUGUAGGGAGUGAAGGUUUCCACCCAGCGAUCCCCCUGUGUGUCUCUGUCCUGUUGCCGCCCCCCAAUCCAUACACACAAAGGUGCCUGUUUGACUGUUCAAUGGAUGAUUUUUUGUUUUUGUUUUUUAUUUUCCAGAUUAAACCAAAAUCUGAAUGAGA